AUGCCCUGGGGAGAGAAAAAUAAAAGUGGAAGUGUGAUAGAUCAAGCCUGGUUUUGUUGGCAAGUAACUACAACGAACAAACUCGAGUUGCUCAAGUGGGCGAGAGAAGUGAAACAGUGCGAGUGGGAUGAAGAGACGAUUAAUCAGGCAGCAUUUAAAGGUAAUCUCGAGAUGUUGAAGUACUGCUUCUCUAACGAGUGCCCGUGUGAUGAAGAAGAGUCGUGUAAACUAGCUGCUAAAGGAGGAAACCUCGACUGUCUUCGGUUUCUUUUCGACAAAAUGAACCUUUCGCGAGAGACGGAAAAAAAAGCGGCACAUCAGGCAGCAUACCAUGGUCACAUGGACAUCUUGAAAUAUUUCGUCGAAGAAAGAAAGAUAUCUGAUGAGAGAAAGGGCGAAUGCGUCGGAGGCGCUGCAAUGUAUGGCCGCCUCGAUUGCCUCAAAUACUUAGUCGAAGAGGCGAAAGUGCCUCUUAACGACUGGGUAGACAUCGCUGGCGCUCGUUACAAAGAGUACCACGAGUGCGUAAACUACUUGCGAGAAAAAGGUUCUCCUGAGCCGACGGAUGAACAAUACGCUGAAUUCGCCGAAUUGGUCGAGAAUCAGCAACGAGAUUCCGAGGAAGAGAACAGCGACUGA